UUUUGCCGCUCAUUCUCAUCCUUCAUAAUCUCACUGCCCCUGACCUGAUCGGCACUCCUGCUCCGCCGGAUACUCUUUUCUCCGGAUCUUUGAGGGACGCAAAUCGCGGUGUCGGCGACGGUUUCAUUUCCUUUGUGAUUUCCCUGUCAAUUUUAUUUUGCAUCGGUAUGUAUAGCGAGAUUGAAUUAUGUAACAGGAAUCUUUCGUAGCCAGAAAAAAAAAAAAACGAGUUUUCUGAUCCCCUCCAUUUUGCGCGGCAUGUUGUUCAAUUUUCUAAAAAUGGAGUUGCUUGCUUAGAAAAACAAUUGUGAUAAUUGCUUUAAUAGCAUUUGCCUUUGUGCCUUUGGGGCAAUCUAAACCAGAGCGCGGCUGGGGUUAUAUAAGUUUCCUUAGGGUUUUUGAUGCCUUCUCAAUCUCAUCUGUUACUGUUUGGUGUUGCUGUUCCUGUUUCUCCAAUGAAUUCAACUCUUCGUAAUGGAAUAUAUCGGAGGACAGAGGGAGUUGAUGUUUCGAGUGGGAAGAGGCCAGAUGGAGCAGAUACAGUGCUGGAGGAUUUAUCAGACGAAAUUCUUACUCAGAUCCUGUCCCGACUGACCCUGAAGGAACUUGGGAGGACUAGUGUUCUCUCCCAUAGAUGGAGAAAUUUGUGGAAGUUUACGCCUGGUCGUCUUGAAUUUGAUGCAAGGGAUGGUGAAGUUGAAAUAGAUAGAAGAAGGUUCAAAGCAUGGGUUAAUCACAUCCUGACGUUGCAUCAGGCUCAACAGGUUGAUAGUUUUAUUGUUCGUGUACGUGUGAACUGGCGAGCAUGUUUCAUAGAUAAAUGGAUAAGUGAAGCCCUGAAGAAGAAAGCAAAAAAUAUUGAGAUUGACUUGUCCCCUAACCCUACAUUUCAUGGAGGGUAUGCAUUUCCUAGCCUGCACAAGUUAUUCCAAUCAUAUGGUGUCAGAUCUGCUUUUGGCUUCUUGAAAUCCCUGAAAUUGGUAGAUGUUGGCAUCCGUGAUGAAACACUUCGUUGUUUUCUAGCUUCUUGCAUGAUUCUUGAAUCUUUGACCAUAUGUGGCUCGCGUUUCACAAAAAAUCUGAAUUUAGUUGAUCAGUUGCCAAAAUUGAAACAUCUUGAAAUAGCUUGUUGUUAUAACAUGAGGAGAGUGGGGAUUUCUGUAGAAAGUCUUGUUUCCUUUACCUACAAUGGACCAAUCAUUGAUUUCUCCUUCAAAAAAGUUCCAAAUCUUUCUGAGAUAACACUUGCUGGGAAGUUUUGUCAGUCGUUUCUUCUUGAUGCUAACAAGCACGUGAGUUACUCAUUGCAGUUGGAGAGGCUCAAGCUGGACCUUCCUUUUAAGCUUGUUGAAAUGCCGUUGCGAGAUGCUGCUUAUUAUGACUCUCCUUAUUUACCUCAAUAUUCCAACCUUAAGUAUCUUGAAGUAACAGCUAUGUCAAUUGUCGGACGAAGCCUUCUUUUCUUCACUAAGCUUGUUGAGGCAUGUCCCCUUUUGCGCAAAUUUAGAAUCGAGGUCAAAUACACUUUGUGUCCUAAGUUGGAACCAGCAGUAUUACUUCCCGAAACAAGUGCUUCCGAUGCACCCAUAUUUCAACACGAAAACCUCAAGCUGGUUGAACUGGCUGGGUAUCUUGGGUGUCCGAGUGACGAAGAGUUCCUCACCCAUUUGCUGAAAAUCGCCCCUUCUCUGGAGAUGGUGACAAUUGAUACAGAGAAUGAUUUUUAUAGGCUAUCCACUGAAUACAACUUCUUAGUAGUUCAAUCAUGGUUCUCUGAUGAAUCCGAGCUUCCAGACUGUGUUUAUGCCAUGUCAAGAAUGGAAGCAAUAGAGCUUGCUGAAGAAAUGCAGCCCAAAUUCCCUCAGAAUACUCAACUGGUUAUAAUAUGACUUCUUCCAAUGGCAGGCCCACCUGUAUACAUGUGCAGGUGCAUUCAGCUCUCAGCCAUGUUGUUAAAUUUUAUAUUGUUGUGUCUCAACUAUAUGUCUGGAUCCAUCUACCCCACGUCGGUUGCUUUGCACUAAAUACUACUGUUGGCUGCUCCACGUUCAACAGUGUGCUUUCUUGAUUAAUAAAUGGCCAGCUGGAAGAGGUAUAUUGAACUUGAACCUCAACCAUUUUUAAAUAUUUAUAUGACUUUUGAGUUGAUGUUGGUGGGGUAGAUUGGAUACAUACAUUUCUAUCACAUUCUGGUAUGGACUUUUCAUUUCUUUUCUUUUCUUCUCCUAAUGUUUGGCAGCAUCCACAGAUCUGUUUGGUAAUAAUUGAACUUGAAUGAACCUUGUGCUGUAUUUUUAUGUUGCUGGAAACUCUCUGUGAUAUCUUUCAUCUGUCUUUUCUGUGUGAAAUUCAGUGUAUUUUAAUGGUUUUUAAUUUAGGGGUUU